AUGGACCUUCGCAGUCUUUAUUACUUUGCACGAAGUCUACAAUACAAGGCGACAGUGAGCGAUCUGGGCGUUUUGGACAUCAGUGAGAGCUUGCAGGUGACGAUCACGGCAUCGACAUCCAUCUACGAGGCUGCUGAUCUGAAGAAUACGGACAUGAAGGUCACAUUCAAAAGCUCUACUCAAGAAGUCGUUGUACCGCUGGAUUAUACUGAGAAUUCCAAUUUCUUCACGGGUACUGUGACUUUGCAACCGGACCAGUUCAAUGUGAAAUUGAACAUGACAUAUGAUGUCGGGAAAGACAACGGACCGAAAGCUGAAAGUCAGAUACGCAGACAUAGACAUGAACCACUCCCCACAGGACCAGAUACAGUGAAUGGCGCAGCAGUUCGAGCUACUAUUUUCGGUGGCACUCCAGGAGCUAAUCUAUCAAUAGACAUUCGGGACUGUGAAGGUGGUGAGGUCAAGCUGUACGAUGCAAAGCAAUGGCAACAAAUGACAGAUGCUGGUGACACCUUCUUUGUACCGUUUUUCUGUGCAGAGAACAGUACGACAACGGCUCAGUGUGCAGCUGGAACACAGAGCAAGUACCAUGUUCAG